UGACUGGUCGUACGUGACGUUUGCUUUCUGUUCGUUUGCUGGACGGUAAUGGCGGCGUGCCGGGGAUCAUCUUCCAAAUGGUUCUUCACCCGGGAGCAGCUCGAAAGCACCCCGUCCCGCCGCUGCGGAGUGGAACCGGACAGAGAGCUGUCGUAUCGACAGCAGGCCGCAAAUCUUAUUCAGGAUAUGGGUCAGAGACUAAAUGUUUCUCAACUCACAAUAAAUACUGCCAUUGUUUACAUGCACAGAUUUUAUAUGUACCACUCUUUCACCAAAUUCCACAGAAAUACCAUUUCCCCGACAACAUUAUUUCUGGCUGCAAAAGUUGAAGAGCAACCACGAAAACUUGAGCAUGUCAUUAAAGUAGCACAUGCAUGUUUAAAUCCCCAGGAACCUCCUCUGGAUACAAAGAGUAAUGCAUACCUCCAGCAAGCUCAAGAGCUGGUGAUACUUGAAACCAUAGUGCUGCAGACUUUAGGCUUUGAAAUAACAAUUGAACAUCCACACACUGAUGUGGUGAAAUGUUCCCAGCUAGUGCGAGCAAGCAAGGAUCUGGCACAGACUUCCUAUUUCAUGGCUACCAACAGUCUGCAUCUCACCACCUUCUGCCUACAGCACAAGCCCACAGUCAUCGCCUGUGUCUGCAUUCACCUAGCAUGCAAGUGGUCCAAUUGGGAGAUCCCAGUUUCUACUGAUGGAAAGCACUGGUGGGAGUAUGUUGACAGCUCGGUUACACUUGAGCUUCUUGAUGAACUGACCGACGAGUUUCUGCAGAUUCUGGAGAAGACACCCCACAGGUUGAAGAGGAUUCGUAACUGGAGGGCUACACAAGCUGCUAAGAAACCUAAAACUGAUGGUCAGUCCUCAGACAGCAGCUCUUUAGCGGGACCCUCACUAUCCCAGGACCUGCCCUUGAUGGAUGCCUUACCUGGAGUCUCCACAAAUACAGCCUUCUCCAAAGCAUCCACAUCUUUUCCAGUGUCCCUGCCUGGCAACCCAAGCACCACUCUUUCCCUGGAUUCCAUUGCCAACAUGCAGGGAACUUCGUACACAUACACCGCCCCAAGUGACUGGCCUCAGGACCAAACGUUUUCUGUCAAGCAACUUCCCUCACACACUAUGCAUCCUCACAAAAGCGCAGAGUUCAACCCUGUGAAACACGAACAUAAGGCCAGCGGUGGGGUAAAGCAUCAGGCGGUGACCUUUCCCCCACCUCCUGCACCUACUCAGAAAAUGUCUUUGGACAAGUACAGGGAGAAACAUGCUGCUGAUCUGGCAGGGCAAAAGCGCAAACAAGAGCCGCAGAAUGUGGAGACUGAGGUUAGGGAUGUCUGCGGUGCUCCAGCACAGACAGAACACCGUAAGCACCUGCCCCAGCAUUUGCACGGGCAGCAAGGAUUUAGCAGCAGUGCUGGAGUCACCACCUCCUCGCCCAUAAAGAUGAAGCUUCCCAUCCCUGGGCAAGACAAGGUGGACAAACGUGAAAAAGGAAGCUCCCUAAAACUCCGUCUUCCUGUCCCCUCCCAGAGUGAGAAGGGGGGGUCGAGUAAGGAGGAGCUUAAAAUGAAAAUUAAAGUGUCCUCUGAGCGGCACAGCUCAUCAGAUGAAGGCGCUGCAAAGAGCAAACAUUCCAGUCCACACGUGAGCAAGGAGAAACACAGAGACCACUCAGCCCAUCGUCAUCACCCCAAACACAUCCACUCCCAUACACAUAGCGGCAAUGGCAGGGGUGGCCUCGAGGUGCCAGCGACAAGUUCGUCCCUUCGGAGCCCGGUAGGUCCCGGCGCUGAGGGGGCAAGCUCAGCUUCCGGCUCCUCACGGAAGAGGGGGAACCUCGACGCCAGCCACAAUCACCACUCCAAAAAGAGCAAAAGCUCUAAGGGUGGCGCAGGUAGUUCCUCUCAUUGUUCCUCUGUUCAGCAGUGUGUGUCAUCUCACAACUCUGUUCUUAACCUUCCCUUCCCCCCUCCCCCUGUCACAUACCAGGUGGGCUACGGACAUCUCAGCACCCUAGUGAAACUGGACAGGAAGCCAGUGGAGAUCCACGGCCCUGAGGGCGACGGCCUAGCUAAUGGCCAACACACAGACUACAAAAAUACUUUUGAUGUGCUUGAUUCGCUGUUAAGUGCCCAAGAAAUGAACUCUUGAACCUAUAGGAAAGGAAGAUAAAAAAUUUAAAAGAAAAAAUCAAGCAUAGUUAUCAUUAUGAAGAAAAAAAAUCAGGAAUGUGAAUGAAAUGGAGUAAGAGAAAAAAUAAAAAUGCUUCCCGGUCUUCUGGCAGUUCGGUUUAGUCUGGGCAUCUCUCUGUGUAACUGCUUUGUCCUCACUGUUUCUUCAUAAGCAGUUUGCGUGUACGCGUGAGCCAGAGAAUGAGUGUUAAUACAACAACAUUUAUCUUUACAUGAGAUAUAAUGGUGUAAUGAGUGAUAGUGUUUUUUCCCGCAAUAAUUAUUUAUAAAAAAUUUAAAAGACUGAAAGCAGCCUCUUAAAUGACUGACACUCGCAUUUGUUUAAAAUUAAGUUUGAAGAGGAAAUGCAAAAUUAAGCAAUUUAAGUUGUAUAGUUCUUUGAAUGUUUCUUCAUUUCAUUUUCUUCCUGUCUGGUAAGUUUAUUAUGAAAGGGAUGAUGCAGAGUUGUUUACAGAGCGUUGACAAAAACAUACAUUCUUGUAUGUUUAAAGCUGUACCUUAACUUCUCAGGGUGGAGCUGCUUGUAAAAUUAUAUACAUGCACGCACACAUGUAUAUUUGGGGGGCGCGUUAUGACUCAGUGUUAGAAUCUAUCGUUGGCAUUUCUAGCAGCAGCUUUCUAGCAAUGUUUGGUUGAACUGUUGUUACAUAUUGCUGCCAAGAUCGUGUGAAAUAACAGGCAGUCCACACUUUGUCAGUUCAUGGUAUGUUGUCAGAGGCCAUGCAAUUUGUACCUUUUGUGAUCUUUAAGCUGGAUGCCAAAGGCUGUGCCUCAAAAAGUGCAAGCAGAGUUCUUCGAAGUUUACAUAAUCUUCGCUGUGAAGUGCAUUUGAUAUAUUUCUUAGCCUGAAGCAGUAGUCCAUUUGUGCAACCAAUAGCAAAUAACAGGAAACAUUGUUCGGUAAGAGAAAAACUACUUUAUUAUUAAAGUGUUGACCUUAAGAAAUGGGCACUUGUAGACCCUCAGUUUAACAUUAUUUCUGAACACAGAAAAUUUUGAUCUUGUUUGAUUUUGAUUAUAAGUGAAGUUUUGGGUAAAUGAGGCCUGCAUUGUAAAAAUCAUUUAUUUAAGACAGGUAAAAAUCCUGGCACUUUAUUUUUGUCUUUUGCCCCAUUUUAUUUGGAUUUAAUAAAAAAUCCCAUGGUUUCCAAUACCUUAACCUCA